AGCCAGCCUCCACCAUGUGUGACACCAGCUGCUCCUCAGGCUGCCAGCCAUCCUGCUGCGUGUCCAGCCCCUGCCAGCCAUCCUGCUGCGUGUCCAGCCCCUGCCAGCCAUCCUGCUGCAGGCCUGCUGUAUGCAUUCCUGUGAGAUACCAGGUGGCUUACUGUGUGCCUGUGAGCUGUAGGCCCACUGUGUGCAUGGCUCCCUCCUGCCAGUCCUCUGUGUGUGUGCCAGUGAGCUGCCGGCCAGUCUGUGUGACCUCCACCUGCCAGUCAUCUGGGUGCUGCCAGCCGUCCUGCCCCACCCUGGUCUGCAGACCUGUCAACUGUAGCACCCCCUCCUGCUGCUGACCGGUGCCCCAAAACAACUGCUGCCACUGUAGACAGGACACACCUAUGCCCACCUACCUCCUCCUUCUGUGACUGUGGGUUUGACGUGAGGCAAGUGGGGAAGCAUGCCCAGCCCACUCUGGAACUGUGAGAAAAUGCCCGUUAUUCUCUAAGAACAAUGUCCUACC